GAGAAACCAAUUCUCUGAUUAGGUUAUGAAAUAAUAUGAGAAUGAGAUCUGUUUUCUGACUGAACUAAUAAACACCAGUAAACACUUUUGGAACUUAAAGUAAGAUAGAUAUAUAUUUGACGAAAGCGAGAGAGUUUUAGUGCAGUCUUAUGCAAAAAUAAAAAAACAGACUUAAAAUGUUCAAACAAAUUUUGCGAUCUGUUGGAUCGUAUAAUUUAAAUCAGAUUUUAUCGGAUACAUCACAAAAAGCUGUUGCAAUAUAUCUCAGUGUCGUUCAACAUCAGGAUAUUCGGACGUUUAGUACUGUCACAUCUACGAGAAAAUGGGAUUUAUACAGUGCUGUUUGUUUAGAACGUCAUCCAGUUAUAAUACAGUCAAUGGGAGAAAUGGAACUGAAAUUUUAUAAUAUGUUGAAAAAAAUUGAAUAUGAAACUAGUUUAAAAUCUGAUCACGAACUGAAAAAAGAAAAAGAGGAACAAAAAAAGUCAAGCACCAACGAAGACACAACAAUAGAGACCUUGGUACAAACUGCACAGGAGUUUGAGGAUAGCAGUCAAGAGGAAUUAAACAAUUUUAAAUUUGCGCUAACAAUUACGAAAUUUGAUGAACAAAAUGUAACGUCAACUUUAAAACGUAAAUUGAACAAAAAUUUGCUUUUACUAGUACAACAAAAAGUAGGUAAUUCACAUUAUUGGAUACCUCCACAAGGUAUUCGAAAAGAAGGAGAGACAAUGAGACAAACUGCAGAGAGAAUAUUACAAGAUGCAUGUGGCGCAAAUAUUAAAGUGAAGUUUUAUGGUAAUGCACCUAUCGGUUUUUAUAAAUACAAAUAUCCCAAAAAACUUUGCGAGCAAGGAAGUUACGGUGCUAAAAUUUUUUAUUUCUUGGCAAAAUAUAUAGAUGGAGAUAUCACCAAUAAUGUAAAGUAUCAGUGGUUGGAUAACAAAGAAUUAGAAAAAGUGUUACCUAAUGAAGUACAAAAAAGUAUUUCACAAUUUAUGUCAUUUAUUUAA